UUUAUGUCUCCGCGUGUAUAUGUUCCCCAUCACGUUGUACUAUUAGGACAUGAUGUCUCAGUAAAUAACACUGACAUGAGCAAGGGAGGGGCUGGUGCAAAACACACUGAUAGAAUGAAUGCAAAGAGCCAAAAGAACACUUCCUGUUGAUGCAAAAAUUGCAGCAGCAACUGUCUGACACAUCUGGACUGGAGAGGGGGGGAGGCCUGGCUGUAGUGUUAGCGAACUACUGAGGGGAAUGGACAACGUUUAAUGCUAAUCUGCAAGACGGCAGCCGACAAACUGGAGAAGCAUAUCCAAGAAAUGGACGACGGCAGCUACAUCGAGUUCGAUGUGCCGGAGUUCAGUAACACUGUUCUUACCCAGCUCAAUGAGCUGCGGCUGCAAGGAAAGUUGUGUGACAUCAUCGUUCACAUUCAGGGCCAGCCAUUUCGAGCCCACAAGGCUGUGCUGGCAGCUAGUUCACCCUACUUUCGUGACCACUCAGCUCUCAGCACCAUGAGUGGCCUUUCCAUCUCGGUCAUCAAAAGUCCUGAGGUGUUUGAGCAGCUUCUUGCAUUCUGCUACACAGGUCACAUGUCCCUGCAGCUCAAGGAUAUAAUCAGUUUCCUCACUGCUGCAAGCUUUCUGCAGAUGCAGGCCAUCAUUGACAAGUGCACCCAAAUCCUUGAGAGCAUCCACUCCAAGAUCAGCCUCCCAGUUAGUGUCUGCAGCCCAGAGAAGGAUGACUCACAGACCAGCGGCAAUGGGGUCAACGACAGCAACCUCUUUGUAAACCCUACCCAGAUCUCCCCCCCUUACUACUCCCGGCAGAGUCAGGCAGGACACGAAGCGCGCUUUGAGCUGGCAGGGAAAAGCCUGGGUCGGGGGCGACAACUUCAAGAGGAAGGCCAGUCAGACCGAGGCAGUAGUGAUAGUGUGUCAGAGCAUGAUGCUCCCAUAGAGGGAGAAACGGAGCAAGUGGAACUGAUCGGCAAAGACGGGCAAGUAACAGAUGUGCAUGUGAAGAUAGAGAAGACCGAUAGACCCACUUACUCAGAUAGUUCCUCAGCUGGUGAUGAUGGCUACCACACAGAGUUGGUAGAUGGAGAGCAGGUAUUGGCUGUCAGUGUGGGCUCUUACGGGCCUGUCAUCCAGUCUGCUGCCUAUUCUUACUCAGGGCUGUCCUCCUCAUGCUUUGUCAACCUUAGCAACUCCAGUCCUUCCCGCUCCAUGCUCAGUGGCUUCAGAGGUGGGCGAGCCAGGGCAAAGCGUCCUUUGGCCAUCCCAGCAGGGGUGCUGAGUCAUAUCAAAACAGGCUCAGAUGAUAGCGAAUCAGCUGUGGGAGCCACAGGGUUGGAGAACGAUGUGCGAGAGCGUAGCCUGCGGAGCCAGUGGUACCCCUACAAUGAGAGACUCAUUUGCAUCUACUGUGGAAAGACCUUCAAUCAGAAAGGGAGCCUGGAUCGCCACAUGCGCCUGCACAUGGGAAUCACCCCAUUUGUUUGUAAAUUCUGUGGCAAGAAGUACACAAGGAAAGACCAGCUGGAGUACCACAUCCGUGGCCACACGGACAACAAGCCCUUCCACUGUCAGAUCUGUGGCAAAUGCUUCCCAUUUCAGGGCACCCUUAACCAGCACCUGAGGAAGAAGCACAUGGGAGCAUCAGAGGGCAGUAAUCAUAUAGACUCUCCAGAGAGGACGGAGGGAAGCUCAGGUCAGAAGGACCAAGAGGAUACGUCUGAGGGGAUGGCCUUCGAGGCGCAAUAUGCAGAAGAGGCACCAGCCAAUGAUAUGGAAGAGAGUUCAAAAUGCAGUCCAGAGGAGGCUCAAGCAUCAAGAUGUGAUUUUUAGGUCCUGCUUCAGGUUAAGGAAGCUUUAAGAAAUGUUUAUCUUAACUCAACUUAAAGGACUUUUUUUUCUUUUUGAAUCAGCUCCCUCUACUAUGGACAUUUCUUGUGUCAAAGGGUUUCUGUCAAUUUUGUGAAAGUUAGACAUUGAAUGCAGAAAGCAAAUGGGUGCUUUAUAGAAAUUUGAUUCUUUCAAGCAAAGGGAGUAACAACUUACUAUUUUUGAGGAGGUCCCAAUAAUCAAGACCCCCUAAUUGAUUUCUCUUUUUAUCUUUCCAUGUUUUUUAAAACAUAUUUACAGAGUUAUAUAGGCAUGUUGCAAUAAUUGAUAAUGUGAAAGCUCUGGUAAGAUGCUUGUCAUAUCACCUUUUUACCUGACCUGUUUUUGCACAUGUGGCCACAAGAGGUCACUUACUCACAAGGAAUGAUUUUUCUGCCAGUGCAAAGCUUCGUGUGACAUAUCCGUUCAAUACCUCAUGAUGCAACUACAUACUCAUAACAGACAGUAUUUUAACUUAAAUAAAACUCACCAGGUUCUACCUCAUAGCCAAGAACCUACCAGGCACAGACGUGUUCACCGUUUGGAAAUCCGUUUUAGGUUGUAUAUGUACAUUAUCUUAUUGCCAAACCCUGUAAAGAAUAUUCUCUCAACACAAAGCCUUGAUACUUAGAGGAAAUAUUCCUUGCUGAUUGUAUGGAUUGGGGACUUAGUCCUUGUCAAAUGUUUCAUGGUCAGCCAGGUUAAAAUGAUGAUUAAGAAGGUGCUAUGUUAGGAGUACAUUAAAUUUGCUAGCUUUCUUGUGUGUUUGUUUUUGGCAAAUGCGGAGAAUAGAGUAAGAAAAUGGCCCUGCAUAUUUUCAAGAUAUGAUUUUGCUGUCUUAUAACGUUUAUUCUACAAAACACUUAAGAUAUCUCUCAUCACUACUGGAGAUCUCACUCUGUUGGCCAAGGCGUGGUUUUUUAGAUGCUGUCAUCCAUGUAAUGGAUGAGUUACGUCCAUACAGUGAAGUCAUUUGUAUUUCUCUAUACUCUGAUGGCAGACUUAUACUGAAUUAUUGUAUGUGUAAAUUGUUUUGUCCUGAGGUAGGCUUCUAGGUUACUACUCAGCGUCUAACAGAGACGGGAGUACUCAUUGUCAACUCAGCACAGUAGGAACAGCUCUGGACCUGUUCACAUAAAUCAGUAUAGUAUACUAGUCUGAAUAAUAUGCAAACAGAAAGAACAAAGGAAUCUCAGCCAUUUUGACAUGGUUUUUCUUCCAUUAUUUGAAAGAGCUAUAGGAUUGUUUCCUUGUUUUCCUUCUGUCCUACCUUUUUACGAUGGGACGGUCGAUCUGUGAUCUUUGUUCUCUGCAUUGGGUGGGGUCAGAUGCAGACUCGGAACAAGUUUUCCUCAUUCUUCAAUCCUACUUCACGGUGUUGACAUAGAUGCAGCAUUGCUAGAUUAAGGAGAGGUAGCUGAUGAUCCAAAGCAUUGAUGCACUUUGCAGAGUUGGUGGGAGGGAUGAGCGCUGUCCCAUUGAGAAAAUGUGCUAAUUUCUGUCUUAAUUCUGAUGCGGCAGUGUCAGGGUAGUACUAGUUUCACAGCAGUGAUUUUUUUUUCUUACUCUAAAUAAAAAUGUUGUGAACUUUGACAAGACUCUGCAAUCACAUGAAUACUAUUGGCUACAAGUCAUGCAUAUGGCUACCUAUUUUAUCUAUACUGUUUGAACCAUGGGGAAAUGGGAUGGGGGUGUUGUUAGUUUAUAGAGACUUUGGUUUUAAAGUGCAUUCACAGUAAAUACCUAAAAGGCCAUUCAAGGGCCUGAUUGAUUAUUCUGUCAUAUUUUGGAAAUUUAAAGCUCAGCCGGGUUGUCCCUUUUGUGCUUUCCUGCUUUCUUAUUGCCAAUCAGCUGUUUAAUACGUUUUUUGAGAGCACCUGCUAUAUGCUUUUGUCCCAUCUGGUCCAUGCUGAAUUUGUGUCAAUGAAUUGGAUUUGAUUAUUUCACAGUUUCCAUAUGAUUUUCUACUUUGUGUGUGUUUGGUGGGAGAAAUACUGUGUUUUGUUGCUUAUGUCUAAUGUCAAGAGUGCAGUCCUUUUUAUUCCACUGAAUGUGCGGUUAUCGUCUUCACUCAUUGACAGUCGAGAUAGCGAACCAAAAUGUAGGGAAUUUUGCAAAAAUCGGUAUAGCUAGCUUUCCGUUAUCUUUGUGUUCAAGGAGUCAUCACAAACACUUUCGGUCAUCACACCCACAGUCUAUCAGUACAUUUUAGAUGAAUGUUUACUCAGUCCAGUUCAUUUCUGUCGGCCGCUGAUGCGACAUGCAGGUUUGACGGCUGAUCUGAACUCACCAAAAUCAGCAGCUGACUAAAUUGAUUCUUGCCCUUCACUCAGAAAAAAAAGGAGAUGCAUUGUAAGUAAUGUUUUGUGAGUAAAAGGUACAAACUGCUAAAACAUUUUUGUGCCAAGUGUUCACACACCAAAGACUAGUAGGUGAUUUUUAAGCAUAAAUUUUGACUGUAUUGCAUAAUUGAAUGCUCAGCGAGGAGAAGAGGUUCUUAAUUUAAUGUAGGACUAGGACAUUGCUAUUUGUAAGGAAUGUAUGUUUCCCAGCUUGUAACAAUCACUUGUGUAAAAUUUGAACAAUUUGCUAAGAAGACAUUAAGCAGCCAAGUCAUAAAUAACAUAAUAUAUUAAGCCAUACAAAAGCAGACAAUAUAAACGUUGUGCAAUAGGUAUUGUAAUUGUUUAAGCCAAUGUAAACAAAAGAGAGAAUACUUCACAAAAAGUGGCAUCUUUAACUUAGUGCCUUGCCACAAGCUUUACAUUUUAGAUUCUGGCACUUAGAUUCCUGUGCCUCUUUCAUUUUCUAAUGGAUUGAAAAGAGAUUAUAAACCGAAUAUGGCCACAAACAUCCUUUAAAGUGGUACCAAGAAUGAAUAGAAAUGAAUUCACGUCAUUCUUGUUCAUUUUGUCGUUAUUUUCAGCUCAAGUCCUACCCCCGUUUUUGCUUUUAUCUCUCUUUUUUUUUUUUUGUCAUGGAAUGGACUGAUUUUAAGGUUUCACUGAUUUUGUAGCAAUUGAUAACAAUCAAAUGAGGCAGACUCGUUCCCUGCAAGCUGUUGCCCUGUGUUUUAGAGACUAUACUGUAUGCCUCCUCUCUAACCACUGAGGACAAUCUUAACAUUGUACUGUAGUUUAAGGCAUUUCAACAAAGGAAGGAGAUGCAUGAGAAACACAAAUUCUACUUCCUCUCAUUUGUCUCGGAGCAUCUGGCAAGGGAACAGCUGCUUGGGUAUUUAGCAGAUAAUAAACUGAAUAUAUCUGGAGUUUAAAAAAAAGCAAAAAAAAGCUUACCCUCAUAUACUGUAGCUGAAUUGCACGUUGCUCAACCACAAAAUUGUAUGAAAUUGCCAAUGGAUAAUUUUUUUUAAAAAACUUGAGUUUUCUUGUAUUUGUGUCAUCGACUGUGCACUUACAGUUUUUUGUUGAUAGUAAAUACCACCUCCAUCCGGGAAGUUUAGUUCAUCUCUGUAGUUACCCUUAAGGGACUCAGCUAUGAUGGCCUCAAUCACUUUGGUAGGGACCUUUACCCCUUAAAUGGUGCUUUUUAGACUAAUCCGAUUCUUUUUUUAUUUAUCAAACAAGUAGACAAGUCCAUGUAAUCAUCACAGGUGAACGGAGGGGAAAUUGUUUAAAUGCUUUUCAUGAACUACAGUUACGUGACACACACCUUCAGAACCAACUGAACUUGACACACACACUCGAAUCGACUCUUUGUCAACUCUUAGUUCCACACCUCUUGAGAGGAACGGGAGAUGCAUUAUGGGCCACAAGUAAUCAAAAGGAAGUGUUUACAGGGAAGGCUGUCAGACUACUUUUUGAAAUUGCAGCUCGUCCUAUUCUUUUUAUAAUAAACUCACUUCAGGUAGUUUACAAACACUGAUACAGGCUUAGAAAAAAAUCUUAAGUCUUCCAUAGCUUUUCUGUCAGUUUCUGUCCACUGUGUAUUAUAAGAAAAAGCAAUAACCUUUUUAAAAAAAGUGGUGUAUUGGGAUCAUCAAGCCUAUUGAAAUAUUGGCCUGUCAUAUAUCAAACAAAGUGAAUGUCAGGGAGCUGUUGAAUUGAAGUAGGACCAGGACAAUUUGAUAUUGAUUUAUUUUUUAUAUAUUUUCUGAAACUUUGGAAACUUUCCACUUCAGAAAAAAUAUAUAUAAAUGGGGAAAAAAGUGGUGUUGCUUGCUGGUGUUCUUAAAUGCUCAUCAAAAUCCAGUGGUAGUCAGAAAACUGCAACACAGGAACUGAGCGUGUGGUUCAGUCAUCUAACUCAGUGGCACUGUUCAGAGUUGCACCUCCAGCUGUGUCAAAUAAUGAAAGGGAUUUUUGGGCUGUAUAGCCACUGUUUGGGAGCGGGCUAUCUGUGGUCAUGCUGAGGUUAAGUGGUCUCCUUCGGCUCCUUGCGCACUGAGACUGUAGUUGUGGUUGUUCAGGACAAGGGGGAAGUUUUCAGUCCAGCUAUUGUUCCUUUUCCUUUUACAACUCCCUAACCUCUGCACUAUAAUGUCUCUGGCUCAUAUGUAUUUGGUGACAAGGCAAAAAAGAAAAAAAAACCUUAGAACUCAGGGUAUAUAGUGUUAAAAGUGGUCUCAUUGGACAUACUACUAAUGUCCAUAGUAUAAUCGUGCACUUCUCUUCAGGUGGGGAAACAAGUCCUCAGUCAGUGGUUCCCAAACAUUCUGCCUCAAGGUCUCAAUGAGCCCAUAUUUUCCACAGAGCUGAAGCAUGGGGAGCGCUGGAGACCACGAACCGAACCAUGAUAGCAGAAACACCCCAACUCCUGUUUUGUCCACUCUACACACAACCUCACAACCCAACUGUGAACCUCAGAACUCUACUGUUUUGUACAACUAUGAAGUAAAUGAAGCUAGCUAGAGCUGAUGUUGUAUCUCUUGCCAUUUAUGAAUUUAUUUUAUAGCAUGAAAUAAAAUAUAUUUAUUCAAAUUAUAUAUUUUACUCAUAAUCAUUCUGUGCUGCUUCAUUUUGGUUCUUAAGCUUGUAAAUUGCUUUUUUAUUAUAUAAAAAAUGUCAAUAGAA